ACAGAAGAAGAAAGGACUGCACAUCGAGGCAUGAUUGCAGCCGUACGUAUAGAUCAUGGCACGAGCGCACGCGUAAUUACUAACCCUACUCCGGGCAGAAAUGAGUGGAGAGCUGCCUGUCCCGGAGCCGCUGGCCCCUCUGGAUGAGCUGUACCGCUGUGUCCUGUCUGCGGACUGUCCCAGCCUCUCGCCUGCAGACACUGCCUGCUUGUUGCGCUCCUGCCUGGGCGCGCAUGGAACCGGAGUGAGUGCGCUUGAGCCCGGGUGCGAGAGUGCCUGCGCCCCCGAGCUCCAGUGUGUGGGCCUGACUGUGCUGGAGCAGCUGCUGUGCCGUCUCACGGUGGGCAGCGGGGGUCCUGAGUUCCACCUGUUUGCUGAGGAGUCUUGGAGUCUGCUCCAGUCUGAUGUCGUGGGCGCACUGCUGCAGCUGUUUCACUCUGAGGACCUGCUCGUGUCGCACCUGAGUGUGAUGUGUGUGUCUGCAGUUGUGCUCCACCAGCUGCACCAGACCGGCUUGGUCAGUAGUGAGUGGAGUCAGUGGUGUCACCAGGCCCUUGGCACAUCUCCUCAUCCCCUCAGUACGGCAGGAUCCCUCUGUCCCACUGGCCACCCUGUGGAUGCUUGUGUCCGCUCUUUGACAGAGGUCCUCAGACGAUUACUGAAAGGAGGACACUACGAGCUUGCAGAGAAGGUUCUGGUGGGAUUUGACUGCACCCUGUCAGCCUUCUGCUCUCAGUUGCUAAGUGUGGACACUGGGACUGGUUGUGGAGGUUGGGGGGCCUCUGUGAGCCUGCUGUUGGACCUGCUGGAGGUGCUGUGUGCCUGCAGGAGCUUGUGUGAACAACAGGGGGCAGCUCUGAGCGGACAGUGCCUGCUCUGCCUCUGCACCUCCAAACUGCUGGCCCUAUGCUCCAGUCCACUCCUCCAGCCUGAACCUGCGGUCAGACGGAGAGUGCUGGUUCUCCUGAAGAAGGCACUGGUGCAGAAGGCAGGGGAGGACUGGACCGGGGGACAGUCGGGGCUCAGGUGCAAUGAUGUCUCUCUGCUGGCCAAUAGCGUGCUGCGGGUGGCUGCCGGGGGCGGGCUGAAGGGAGUGCGUGUGGAGGGGGAGUCCUUUUUUGGGGGGACAGUCGGGUCAGGCCCUUCUGUGGACAACGUGACCCUCAGGGCGUUGUGCCUGGUCCUGCUCAAAGCCAUGGAGCUGCAGUGUCAACCCAGUCAACUAGUUUCCCAUGCAGAGCUAGUUCCUUUCCACCUGUGCCUCCAGAGCCUGUGGGAUGUCCUGCCUGCGGACCCUGUGGCGCACCCCUCAGGACAGCCUCAUCACUGCUGCUCCAGGCUGAGCUCUGUGUUUGGAGAGCAGGAUGACGACAUGAUUGAAGCAGCCAAGGCUCUACUCAGCAUUUUUCUGCACCAUAGGAAGCAAGAGCCUGCCCUUAGCCCCACUCCUCACCCACUGUGGGCAUGCUCCUUGGGCCUCAACCCUCACUGUCACUUCCUGCUUCUGCUACGGAGCCUGGCAUUUGACCACCGUGUGCUGCUGGACUUCCUCAUCUCCACAGAGACCUGUUUCCUGGAAUAUUUUGUGUGCUACCUCCGCCUCCUCCGCACAGACCCAGAGGGCUUCAGCGCAGCCUGCUCAGAGCCUAGGACAGAGUGGGGAACUAGGGGGUCUGAGAGAACUGAAUGUGCAGAGGGAGUAGGGCAGAAUUGUGGGGUCCUGCUAGUGGACUACAGCAGCUCCGGAGAAUCAGAGACAGAAGAAGCGGAGGGAGCAGUGAACUGUGGCAGAGACCAGGACAGAGGGUCAUGUUGGGGGGCUGCAGUGCGCUGUCUGAGCCUGCUGCUGGAGCUUAUGUCCAGGCUCCACAGUAAGAACCUCUUCCCAUACAACCCCAGCUCCCUAAUGAAGCUCCUCACUGAAGCAGAGGCCAGUCUGAAAUCUGUGCCUAUCAAACAAUAGUCGGUUGUGAUGCAGGGGUCAGCUGCUUUUUUCUGAGCCGCCCGGCCCAGGUUCAAAUUUGGCCCAAAGAAAUGGGUUCAAAUGUUGGGACUCAACCCACACACAUUAAAACUAAAGGCUGGUUUACUGUCCAGCCUCAUGCCGCGCUCGGCUUAGAGCUGAUGUCCUGACGCAAACCAGAGCCAUACGAGCUUCUGGAGAGCUACUCAGAGUCCAGGUGUGUCGUGGGAAUCCAAAUGAUUCAAUUUGCAUUAAAUAUUUGUUAUUUAUUUACUGGGACAAUAAACACCAUAUUGCCAAGCUGUAAAGGUUGGAAAGUUAAUAUUACAAACAAACUCUCACUUUCAGCUUUUCACGGUUAAGUGUCAUGUCUAAAUUCAAAUUUUGCAUUUUUAAUAGUGGAUAAAUGAUAUAAAUUGAAAGAACAGACUCUUCAUGUAGCUUGUUUUGACUACAUUUAUUUUCUGAUUGGACUAAUUGUAUAAUUUGAUUAAGUUGUUUUGUGAUAUUUCUGGCAUAUUUCAUUACAACGUUUUAGUUAAAACUAAGAUACCCUUUGCGAGUAAUUGAUCAUUUUGUGCAGCCUCUUGUAAGUUCUUUAAAGCUGCACUAUGUAACUUUUUUGGGUUUUUUUUGGGGUUCGCAGUUUGCUUGUCUACUUGAGUGUCCUACAGUAUGGUAUUACACUUCCACAGAGACUAGCAAAAGCCAAAUUACAGGAAAGAUCCCACCAGAAAAGUUACAUCAUGCACUUUUACACAAUCCUGGAAAUGAUGGCUCUUUAAUUGUUUAAGGUAAGAAACUGUUCAAGCAUCAAACUCCUAUCAUAUUUACACUUCAUGAAAAUCACAUUUGCUGCCAUUGAGCCACCUCCACACCUGACCAUCAUGCCUCAGGCCCACCCAGGAGCCUUUACUGCCCUCUAUAGGCGGACUGAUGGCGCACAUGAAAGCCUAAACACAGGGACAAGAACAUGUUAAUCCGUAAACUCCCUAUUAGUUCAACAACUUUCACACACAAUAUAAUGGUCACUGCUGCAAUAAAAAGGUGGAAGCGUGU